AGGCUCCUCCUGGAUCGCCGGUAGUCAGUGUGGGUUGGAGGAGAUGCUCAGCAUUUUCUUUGGCAUCGGGAUAGUUAGCUCAAGAGCAGGACUGACUACUUACUUUAUGGUUAGCCAUAAGGGAUAGGCUGAUUUGUCUGAUCAGCUUUUUGUCUCGUCCAACUCUCCACUGCAAGGCUGAUGACCUUUGCCAGGUGGCUGUCUGAAAAGUGAGCUUUUGGCUGUGUGCCUUUAAAUAAGGAGGCAAAGCAUUAGGCAGGGCUGAGCUGCUGUGAGCUUAUUUUAUUUCUCCUUAGUGCGAGCCCAGAGGCUGCGUCAAUAGCAGCUUGGAAUGCCAAAAGCAUGAAGUGAUAGGGCAAAGUCAGGGUGUCCAAGACAAGAGCUGCCAUGCUGCCUCAAGACAAGGGGGUAGCUUAAGACAGUACAUACACCCUGGAAACUGGGACCCUUCAUCUACUGGUAAUAGUUGUGCCAACCCAAGAAAAGAACAACCAUGGCUUCUGCACUUACUUCCCGCAUUCAACUGGAUGAGAACCUUGAAAAGAUGCAACAAGGAACAAUGAUGCGCAAGGUCAAAUCCAAGAACUGGAAAAAACCACGAUUCUUCCUGUUGAAGGAUGACUGCAUGACUGUCUGGUACAAAUCUAAGAUGUCUGGCAAUGCCAAAUCUGCAUUCUCUGUGAGUGAUGUGGAGACGGUGCGUGAGGGGCACCAAUCAGAAGUAUUGCAAAGUUUAGCUGAAGAGUUCCCAGCCGAGUGCUGUUUCACUGUUGUCUUCCAUGGGCGCCGAAAAAACCUGGACCUAAUUGCUGGCUCAGCAGAGGAAGCUCAGUGUUGGAUCCAAGGUCUGCGACGUCUUGUGGAGAUUGUUACUAACAUGGACCAGAGAGAAAAGAUAGAUCAAUGGAUCUGUGAUUGGUUCCAGAAAGCUGAUAAGGACAAGGAUGGGCGCAUGAACUUCAAGGAAGUGCAGCACUUACUGAGGAUGAUGAAUGUGGAUAUGAAUGAGGGUCAUGCCUACCGGUUAUUCAAGAUGGCCGACAAAUCUCAAACAGGAACACUAGAGGGAGAGGAAUUUGUGCUGUUCUACAAAGCAUUAACACAACGGGACGAAGUACUUGAGAUCUUCCAGGAGUACUCUGAAGAUGGCAAGAAGCUGACACUAUUGGAGUUCGUGGACUUUCUGCAACAAGAGCAGAUGGAAACUAGUGGCACUGAUGAGCUUGCCAUGGAGCUGAUUGACAGAUAUGAGCCAUCUGAAACAGCCAAAGCUCGCCAUAUUCUGAGCACCGAUGGAUUCCUCAUGUACCUGUGCUCACCUGAUGGCUCCAUCUUCAAUCCUGAGCACAGGAAAGUCCACCAGGACUUGUCUCAGCCCCUCUGCCAUUAUUUUAUCUCCUCCUCUCAUAACACAUAUUUGAUGGAGGACCAGCUGCGAGGACAGAGCAGCGUUGAAGGAUAUAUCAGGGCUCUAAAACGGGGCUGCCGCUGCCUAGAAGUGGACUGUUGGGACGGCUCUAAUGGCGAGCCCAUCGUUUAUCAUGGCCAUACCUUCACUUCUAAGAUCCCCUUUCGAGACGUUGUGGCAACCCUUGAGAAAUAUGCAUUCAAGGCAUCUGAAUAUCCUAUCAUCCUGUCUAUUGAAAACCACUGCAGCAUAGAGCAGCAGGAUAUCAUGGCGCAAAACCUGAAAGGAAUUCUGGGAGAGCAGCUCCUCCUCAGCACCAUUGAUGGGCGAGUCCCUGUGCAGCUGCCUUCACCUGAAAAGCUGAAGGGGAAGAUCAUCCUGAAGGGCAAGAAGAUGGGAUUUCUGGAGGAUUCUCUGAAUGGGCAACCAGAGGAGAUGCCAAAGCGGGAAGAGGGUGAGGAAGAGGAGGAGGAGGAGGAGGAAGCAGAGCCAGAACCAGAGCCAGAACCAGAGCCAGAGGAAGAAACCCCGCGCUCCGAAGCCAAGAGGAAAGAGAAGAAAGCCAAACAAUCUCUCUCCAAGGAGCUUUCUGACUGCAUUAUCUACUGCAAGAGUGUGCCCUUCUUCAGUUUCCAGCACUCUCGCAGCCACUACAAGCCUUACGAAAUGUCCUCCUUUACUGAAUCCAAGACGCGCAAACUCAUCCGUGAUGCUGGGAAUGACUUUGUCCGCCAUAAUGCCUGGCAGUUGACACGCAUCUUUCCUAGUGGCCUCCGAACUGACUCUUCCAAUUACAAUCCUCUGAUGAUGUGGAACGUGGGCUGCCAGAUGGUGGCCUUGAAUUUUCAAACUGCUGGUACAGAGAUGGACUUGUACGAUGGGCUCUUCAGCCAAAAUGGCCGUUGUGGCUAUGUGUUGAAGCCGAGCUUCAUGAGGGACCCAGAAACAGCCUUCAGUCCUGAGAAUCCCCAAAACAGCGGUGGCAGAAGUCCACUGAACUUAUUCAUUAAGGUUAUUAGUGGGCAGCAGCUCCCCAAGAUGCCCAACAGCAAAGAGGGUGCCAUUGUGGAUCCACUAGUGAGAGUGGAGAUUCAUGGGGUUCCAGGUGACAACGCCAAGCAAGAGACCAAAUAUAUUGACAACAAUGGGUUUAAUCCAAAAUGGAAUGAGAGCUUUCGGUUCCAAGUAUGGGUACCAGAACUGGCACUUCUGCGAUUUGUGGUGGAGGAUUAUGACAAAGCGACAUGGAAUGAUUUUGUUGGGCAGUACACGCUGCCUCUUACUAGUGUCAAACCAGGAUACCGCCACAUCCACCUUCUCUCAAAGGACGGUACAGGGAUCCCACCAGCUUCUCUCUUUGUCCACAUCCGAAUCGUGGAGUUGUCAUCUGAGAGCGACUGAAUCCCACUGCCAUAUCUCAGAAUACAACUGCCUCUUUCUCCACCCUGUUUGAGUUUGGAAAAUAUGUGUGUGAAUGGGAAGAAACCCCAUGGGAGGAUGCCAUAUCACACCACCUUUAUCUGUACAGAACUGGACUGGAUAGAAAUGCUAUUUUGCACUACCAUAAUACUUAUUUUUUAAAGUAUUUUUGCUGCUAUGUUAUUAUUAUUAUUAUUAUUAUUAUUAUUAUUAUUAUUAUUAUUAUUUGCAAGGAGCCCAGCCCUUUCAAGUGUGUCCAUUCAUAUGGUUCUAUUUAUUACAAAAUCUACCUCUGUUGUGAGUAGGAGGCAAACUAGCCUAUUCUACCUGGGAACAAAACAUACCCAAGCUAGAGGGAAUUUCCUCCACAGUGUUGUGCAUCAGUCAUGCAUUUCAAAAUGGUAUUUUUCUCCACUUGUCUUCUAAACCAUCUAGAAGACAUUUUAGGUCUCAUUUGGGCAAGAAUGUAGACCAAGCUAGCUUCUAUCACUAAAGCAGAAUCAGACACUGAAUAGUUAAGCUAUACCUCCAUUUCUCAAUACAUGAUAGAAAAGGUACCAGAUCCAAACCAUGGGUCUUGUAGCAACAUUUUCUCCUCAGAUCGAUGCUCCCCUUCCCCCUUUUGCCUUCCCAAGCAGAAGACUCGGGAAAGAGUCAAAUGUUGAGAGUCAAAUUCUUGUGUGUAAUUUCUUUGGAAAUGACACACAAGAAGAUGAAAUAUUGUUAUGUUUUAAACCAUUCAAACGAAUAGUUAUUUUAUUUGGUUCAUCUCCUGGUUGUAGAUUUAUUCAAUUACUAUUCCUUAGUUUGCAGCUAAGAGUAGGUUCAUAUAUGCACGUUGAGCAUGAAGCCAUAUAUAUGGCAUAUAAACAUUGUACAUCAAAUGGCAUCUACUAGCCAUUAACAAGACUUCCCGCAAGGGAGGCACUUUACAUCUUGAAGUGAAGGUCAUCAAGUGAUAUAUCAUGUAAGCCUAUGUAAAUCAUCCCUCAGGGAAGAGCCCAGGUCCACUGAUUUCUUGAGAAGUCAGCAGGUAGGAAGGGGCUUGGCUUUCCAUCAUCCAUUUGUUCACCAAGAAUAUUUGGCAGCUAACUGCAGUCUAACUCUCUUUUCAUACUUCUCUCUUCCCAGUUGGAAUUUACAUAAGAUAGACUGUUCAGGCCUAACCUAUUUUGACGAUGCGCCCCGCCUCAAGCUGCAAGGAGUGGGUCAGAAUUAUUAUUAUUAUUAUUAUUAUUAUUAUUAUUAUUAUUAGUCUGUAUUGGUUAGGCCUGAAACUAUAUAUGUACAUAAAUUCCAACUGAGAAGAGACAAGAUGUAAACAGGAAAGUGUCUUUUUGAAUAUGCAACGUGUACAGAAUUCAUCUAAGUGUCUUCUAAAUCAAAAAAACAAAAAACCUCCCCCUAUAUAAGCAUCUUGAUGUCCUAUAAAACCUCAGCAGAAUCAUUCCUGUUUUUGAGGCAUUUACAGUAGCUGCCUGUUAGCAUGUGUAAUUGAGUACAGCUAUACAAGUUGGCAGGCUGGACUCCACCAGAUACUCUGGGGCUUACCACUUAAUAGGUGAAUGUUCAUGCUUUUAGGCCCUUGCUGUUUCAUUUGUUUAAAAUAGAAAUAAAACAUGGCAAACUUAAAUCUUGGAGACAGAAGCCCAUGGUUAUAUAUUAGAUAUUAAAGGUAGCAGGGGUCUGGUGGCUUGAAAAUCUAAAAGCAAGAGAUAAUGGAAAUAAAACAGCUGAGAUGAGGGAAUUUGGGAAAGGUUGAAAAACUUAUUUUGAUGGACUAUAGUUCCCAGAAUCCCACACUGUCAACAUUAGCUGAUGGAAUCUGAGUCUUGUAGUAAAAAUAGGUAGUUUUUCCAAGUUCCAGAACUCAGUAGCUACAGAAGCUGUUUCUGGGUCAGUGGCUCUCAACCUGUGGGUCCCCAGGUGUUUGGGGCUACAACUCCCAGGAAUCCCAACCAGUUUACCAGCUGUUAGGACUUCUGGGAGUUGAAGGCCAAAACAUUUGGGGACCCACUGGUUGAGAACCACUACUCUAGAUGGAUAAAUAGCAUUGGUCGAUUUCCUGAAGUCUAAGUGGAAAGAGCACUGUGACCUCAAAAGAAGUAGCAGUUACCUCAAAAGUCCCUUCCUCAGUUCCAGCAUGGGUAUGUACUGCCAGUACAAUCUCCUGGUCAUGUUUUAUAACUCCAUGACCCUCCUGCUCUUUCAACCCCUCUGCAUAACUCAGGUUAACUUUCAACAGUGCAAUAUGUACUACAGCAUUGCAUGGAAUGCAAUUUCCCCCUUAAUACUGUCACCUUGUAUGAGGCCAGGCCUCUACAUAUUCCUGGUUGAUUAAAAUAAAAAUCAGUAAAAAGUAUGUUCAAAUCUUCAAUUGCGGGGAGUGUGUGUUAAUCAGUUCAGGCAUGUUGUCCUCCCAGCCCUUGGUAAGGCUCUCAGCAACCACUGCCUCCCAGACCCACUACAGCAACAUUCUGGUGGGCUAAAGGAUGGUCGAAAACAGAUGGCAAUUGCAGAAGGCUUUGUCAACCUUUAGACUCAGAAUACUGGUUGAAUGUUGAAAUGCCUUUGGAAAUCUGUGCAUUUUAUGUGACUAGUCUCACUUGAGAAGAAUGCAAUGCCUUGCAGCAAUCUAAAUCAAGUUUAUGCUAUUCAUGGAAUAAGAUUUCCCUCUGUCCUUGUGAGGACAAUCCUACGAGGGUUAUCUGGAAAGUAAGGUUAUAAGGCAUGUAGUUCUCAUUGGGGAUUUUCGCGAGGGAAGCUGGUAUUACUGCAGUGUAGCGGCAAGUCAGCAGAAGCGAAUGAGCAGUGCCAGUCGUCACUAGCUCAUCGACUGGCAUUGUAGUGAAGAUUAGAGAUUCGCAUUCUCAUUCCGUUUCCCGCCAAGUGUGAAGCUUGCACUGUAAUACGCAAUCUAAAUGCUAAGGGCAUGAACGUCGCUGUGCUUCAGAGAAAAAUCGUGGUGCCAGUGUUUUGGGAAAAAAGAAGGUUCUGCUCAUUGGUUUUUUGGAAAGAGGUGAAACGAUCAAUGCUGCAAGAUAUAGUGAGACCAUGAAGAAAUUUCGCGGAGCCAUCCAAAACAAACGUGGGAGGCUGAUGGCGGGAGUCUGUCUUCUUCAUGACAAUGCACUGCUCAUGCAAUGCAAGAGUUGUUGACUUCAUUUGGUUGGGAUGUUUUAAGCCACCCCUCUAACAGUCCUGAUCUUGCACCCAGUGACUACCAACUGUUCACUAAAUUGAAGGAACACCUGGGUGGAAAACGCUUUUCCGAUGACGACGAGGUGAAAAUCAGAGACAAACUGGCUGAAAACGGCAUCAGGAGACUUCUAUGACACAGGCAUCAAAAAACAUGUCGCAUGGAUGACAAAACGUAUUGUACUGAAUGGUGCUUAUGUGUAAAAAUAAUGUAAUACUUAUGCUACAAUCCAUGUAAGUUUUAUUAAAAUAUAUUCAUCCUUUAUAU